AUGGAAACACAUGAACUCUAUAUAAGAAAAUACAUUGCAUUGGUCGUCGCCAUUGCAAGUCGUCCGACCAAUAGGCCAAAGGUUUUUAACGUCCAACGCUAUGGUGCCAAAGCUGAUGGAAAAACUGAUAACACCAAGGCGUUCACAAACAUAUGGAAAAGCGCGUGCACAAGGAAAGGUGGUAAUAGUAAAAUCUAUGUACCGAAAGGAACGUUUUAUCUCGGUGGUGUAGAGUUUGUAGGACCAUGCACAAAUAAGAUUGAAUUCGCUAUCGAUGGAACUUUAUUGGCUCCUUCUAACCCUAGGGAUAUUAAAAAUGACACAUGGAUUCAGUUCAGAUACAUUAACAAUCUUAUUAUCUCGGGUGCCGGUACACUUGACGGCCAAGGGAAAGAGUCUUGGCCACUAAAUGACUGCCACAAAAAUCCCAGUUGUCCUAAGCUAGCUAUGACCAUGGGAUUUGCAUUCGUGAACAACUCAAGAAUCAAUGGGAUAACAUCACUCAACAGCAAAAUGGGACACUUCAACUUCUUCUCUGUCCAUCACUUCAACAUCACUGACGUCACUAUAACAGCUCCCGGUGACAGCCCAAACACCGAUGGGCUAAAGUUCGGGUUCUGUAGCAACAUUAACAUCUCCAAGACACACAUUGGUACAGGAGACGACUGUAUAGCCAUCCUUUCCGGAACCACCAACAUGGAUAUCUCUGAUGUCAAUUGUGGUCCCGGACAUGGGAUUAGUGUCGGAAGCUUAGGGAAAAACAAAGAAGAGAAGGAUGUUAAUGGCUUAACCGUAAGAGACAUAGUCUUUAACGGCACAAGCGAUGGUAUUCGGAUCAAGACUUGGGAAUCUUCAGCUUCAAAGAUUUUAGUUUCUAACUUUGUGUACGAGAAUAUUCAAAUGAUUAACGUUGGAAACCCUAUCAACAUCGACCAGAAGUAUUGUCCUCACCCACCUUGUGAAAAGAAGGGAGAGUCACACGUUCAAAUCCAAGACCUUAAGUUAAAGAACAUAUAUGGAACAUCGACGAACAAAGUGGCGGUGAAUCUACAAUGUAGCAAGAGCUUUCCCUGCAAGAAGGUUGAGCUAAUUGACAUUAACCUAGAGCAUAAGGGUGUCGAGGGUGGUCCUUCCACUGCGGUAUGUAAAAAUGUUGACGGUUCUGCACGUGGCAAGAUGGUUCCUCAACAUUGUCUGAACUGAUUCAACGAUCCAUGGGAACAAUGACCGUGUGUUGUACUAUUUUAUAUUUUCCAAUGUUUUGUAUAAUUUUUAAUUUCUGUGUAUUUACUUCCUUUUUUUCUUUUAAUCUUUUUGCUAGUUUAUGAAAGUUUUUAAUUGGUGCAAUAAAGAAGUGAAUACACUUUUGUGUUUUUUUUGUAUGUGGUCUAAUUUUUGUUUCAUCGGACAAAAAAGAGUACAAUCUUAUUUUAUUAAUCAUUCCUAACCAUUGAUAUAUUAUUUUAAUAUUUUUAUCCGAACUCUAAUAAAACAAAUAUAAAAGUUGUUAAUGCAUUUUAUUGUUUGAUCAUUAUAAGUGUCACAUUUUAAAUGUUGCAACUUUUAUGUACAACAUAUUUUUUUUAUUUCAAAAUACAAAGUAUGAAACGUUUGACCGAGUUUAUCAUAAAUUUUGUUCUCUUAUAUAUUUAAUUUUAAUUUAUAUUUAAUUUUUUUAAUAUAAUAUGUUUUUAAAGUUUACGAAAAAGUAAAGCACUUUUAACAAAGUAGAAAGUUUUUACUCAUUUUAUAUUUUAAAAUAAAAAAAUUAAAACUAUUUUUUUAAAUGAAAAUUUACAUGUAUUAAAACAAUAGAAGUGAUAAUAACAAAUUAUUUUUAGAAAAGCUUAAAAAGUCCGAAAAGCCCUAGAAUCCUAUAAAAACCGGACUUGAGUUUUGAAUUCUAAUUUCAA